CUCGAGCACUGCAAGAUCAUCGUCGACGAAGAGAUCGCUAGGGUAGAGGUCGAGCUGGUUGGCAUCGAGCUCUUCGAGUGGGAAAACACGAAUAUGGACAAGGAACUCAUGGAAUCCCUCAUCGGACUUGCGCGGGAGACGGUGAAGGAAGUUUUACUAGAAGUGAAAGACCGGGAAAACGGGGCGAAUCUAGUCGAAUUGCUGGAGGGGCAUGGCAGGUAUUUGGACGAUGCGGAUUUGGAGGAACUGACGGUCGCGGAAACCAAUACGGCUUCGGUUGUGGAGGAAAGGACGGUUGUCGAAGUAGAAGGGAGAGGAGGACUGCAUAGACAACCGGGACUGCCGCAGGAGCAAGAGCAGCGACUCGCAGCUCCACUUUCUCCCCAGCCACAUGCAGCAACCUCUGCAACCCCACCCCCACUAGCUUCGCAAGUGGACCCGGCGACGACUUAUCAGCCUGGAUACAACGAGGGGCAACCAGUGACGAACCUGGACAACACAAACUCGAAUAUCAGCACGACGACACGAACGCGGAGUCAGCAGAAUGUCGGGCAAAGCAGUUCGACGCAGACCACACCAAACGACACGACAAUUCCACGGUACGCAGAUCUGAGCAGCUAUUUGAGGGACCAGGGAGGCGGGGUGCCAGUUGGGCCUGCAGCUGGGACAACCACCGUCAUUGCUCCUCCAGCACCGGGGCAAUUACAAGCUGCACAGCCGAGUGCUUUGUAUGCUGCAGACGUCAGCAACUACACUGGCACGGGCACUUCAGGGGGUUCUGUAGUGAUCCCAGUGAGAGGAGAGUCGAUUGUAGCUCCUCCUGCGACCAUGUUGACUACAGCACAAGAUACAACUGGAGGUCAGCAACAACAGCAGCAUCCACAGCAACUUCCGUCCACUCCACCAGAAAACUUCACAUCUGGAACGACUUUUUCCGCCGGGAGUGCGACGAUUCCGCAGCUUGCGCAUGCGUCGCAAAGUGUCGUCGGACAAGGUGGGUUAUUUAUUUCCGCGACCACGGCAACUGCGACGACCGCCAGUACUAAUCAAACGCAAACGCAGCAGGCCGCUUUGGCAACUACCGGAAUUAAUUUCAGUAGCAGUGGUGCACCAGCUGGAGCAGCUCCCGGCGCAUUGAAUCAACAGCAAGUCCUGGCCGCACAGCAUCAGCAGACAACUGCGAGCGCCAAUGCAAGUGGAAACACGAACAACAUGACUAACACGAGCACUUGGUCGCCGGAAAUGAUGCCGCAAUUGCCACCAAUGGGUCUGUAUGCAUUGCAAAAGUAACGUACUAGUAUAAAUUGCAUUACAAAUUUGGUCAAGAAGAAAGUGGGAUUUGUAAUGCUGUUUUACCUUUGGAGGAAGAUUUGUCGUGCAUAUCUGAAAUUACUACGAGUGCGAUAAUUUUGCAUUUCAUAGUCUGAUCCCUACCUCCGCCACGGCGCCGCAAAUUCCCACUUCUGGGAUCUCCGAACGAAGAGACAGCACAACCUGGGACCUACAAAACCAGUCGCAGAGUCAGGUGCUGCGGGAGAUGAACGAUGUCACGACGUAUCCGCAAGAGAUGCUGCAAAACAAUGCGGGCACGAUUCCCCCGAACAAUGGAGGUGCAGCUGGGAAGGGCCGGGCGGGACUGAGUGAGGUUCUGUUCAGUGUUCAAGGGCAGCAGCAGCUGCAACCCCAACAACCGCAACAACCGCACCAGGCUCCUCUAAUCCAACCAGCGCCGGCUCCGAGGGACACACAAGCUACUCAUACGAUGAGCGACGGUACUUCGGUUCGUAUCAACUGCAAAAAUGUCUGGGUCUGGAAACUUGUAAUGCUGCGUUGGGAAUAGUGAAUGCUCUGUAAUGCAGCGGCAAGCAUGAGAAAUAUCUGCGCUUCUUUUUGUUGCGUUUUUCGCAUGACAAACUGCGUUUUUGCAUGACAGGCAAAAGGGCCUCGUCUUGGACACGCAUCACAAACUUUUUGGUCAUGCCAGACAAGCAUGACAAGUCUCGAAAUCUUUCAGACCCAGAGAUUUUUGCAAUCCAUAGUUCGUAACACGACUCCAGCGGGCAGUCCGGCGAUUCAUGCGCAGGAUGUCCCGGUAGAUGUCCACGUUCUGCAGCAGGUCGCGUCUUAUGCGUUGCAAAUAUGUUUGGGUCUGGAAGAAUGCAGGAGUUUGUCAUGCAGAUUUUGCAUGACCCAUAGGAUCUGUGAUGCAUGCCUUAGCACCAGAGAUUCUGCGACGGCUUUCUGAUGCUCUUACCGCAUGAGAAAUGCCCUCUCCGCAUAGCAAAAAUUGGACCUCUUUUGCUGUUCAUGCAAUACAGAUUUAUUGUACAAGCCAAAGCCAGCAUCACAAGCUGCAUCCUAUCAGACCCAGACAUAUUUGCAGUUGAUACGUCCGCGGGGUCUUUAUCCUGGUCGGUCAGUUCCCCUGGUUUGCCACCGCUGAGCGGGGGAGGUGGUCCUUCGGGAGGGUACGGUUCGGGCGGUGCUGUGGGCGAGCUGUAUGGAGGACAAGCGGGGGGAUCGUCGUCUUUGGGCAGCUUGGGAACUACAAAUAACGCAGGAGGAAGUUCUUUUGCGGGAAU